GAUUUUUACUGCGCAAUCGUGAUGCACUAGAUUAUUUUAUAUUAAAACACAAGCUACAAGAGCAAAAACUAAAAUGAAAGCAUCAAAUCAUUAGGGUUAAAUGUUGUUAUAAUCUACCUAGAGACAGAUAGAAGUCACCUUUCAGAAACUAGCUGAAAUAAUAUAAAACAGGAAAAAAGUAAUGACAAAAUGCUGGACAAAAGAAUAAUGUAUAAGAAGGAAAAGACGUCCUUACAGGGGUUGAAAGAACGUUGUGAAGCAAGACUGUUUUGGUUGGGCCGUAGCUCCCAUUUCAAUCUGCUGCGAAAAAGCCGGCAUUUUUCAACGUCUUCCGUAAAGCCGUCAGACAUAACGAAGAUUCAGACUGACGAUUCUGCAUUACCCACAGCCCCGACCCCAGGCCAAGUACUGUACAACAGCGAAGAACAACAUGAUGUUAUAUUUAUGGUGGGUAAGGGAGAAAAUAUUUGGCGUUUCCCGUGUCACUCCUUUAUCCUUCGUGAUGCUUCACCAGCCUUUCAAUCACUGCUUAUUUGCGAAGUUACUAAUUGGGAUCGUGUUCUUACCCUGACUGUAGAGGAUGUCGAGCCACAUGUCUUCGAAAAGCUUUUAAGGUUUGUUUAUUGUGGAGCAGAAGAUGUAUCUCCUACUUCAGUUCAAAUGGCAUUAGAGCUGUUUGCUGCUUCCAAGAAAUACAACAUUCAUAAACUGUCCACCAUCUGCCUUUGCUACUUGUAUGAUCACGUGACAGAAAAGAAUGUUCUUGAAGUACUGACUUACUUGAAGCUGCUCUUUGCUACUAACAGUUACGAUGACGAACAGAACCUGCAGAACGAACUUUUUCUUAAAUGCUUUACUCUCAUAGACGUUUACGCUGAGUUCGUGCUGUCCACCAGUGAUUUCGAUAAUCUAGACUCAGACAUUGUGAUGGACAUCGUCAUUCGAGACACUCUUCAGGUAAAGUCCGAGGUUACAGUUUUUAAAGCUUUGAUUCGCUGGGCUUGCCAAGAAGCUAAACGCCAGAAAAUAGAGCUCAAUUCGAUGAACAAGCGCGCCACUUUAGGAAAGCUCUUAUACUGCUGUAGAUAUUUGGUAAUGAGUAUGCAGGAAUUUUGUGGUGGGCCAGCUAUGUCUGGAGUACUUACUGACGAAGAGAAGGACAUCCUGAUAGCACAUCUUAACGGGGAUUCUUCUAUUCCUCUUCCUGAACAGUUAAGUGACCGGAAAUUGGCGAUCAAGCGGUGUGAACUAUCUGUCCAGUUAACCAAUCCCCCUCCUCCUCUGAAAGGUACCACCAGGAACAGUCCAGACUCUCAAUCAUCUUGUCCAGUAAAGAACAAGAAGAAAUGUAAAAAGCUGCUUAAAGGACUGGAAAGCAUUUUAAUUCAUGUUAUCCAGCUGUUGGACUGAAUAUAUCGUUUUCUAAACUUCGCGGUGAACUUGCUCUAGCGUCUGUUUAAUAAGUUGUUCCUUUUUUGGUAUUCUUUAUUAGGUCUUAUAUAAUUAAGUUUGCUCACAUAUAUGACCACAUGUUUAUUUUGAAACUAUGUAUUGUGUUUGUACCAGCACCUAUAAUAGACCACAAAGGGUUCAACUGAAAAUGUAAAUUUAUCAAAUGUUUGUUUGUUGCUGCAGCAAGAUAUAGGCAAUAAGAUAUGACUGUAGUUCGUCAUAUGAUAUUGAUAUUGUCUUCAUUAAGAUAUAAAAACAAUAACUUAUAUGCAAUUGCAGUAUAUUACACAUUUAAUUAAAUAUUUAUUCAAGCACUGUAAAAAUUAAUUUUUUGUUUACCUUUCAUCAUUCAAAGCUUAUUUUACACUCGUACGUCCAUAAUAUAUUGCUAUUUUUGCCCUGAAAGCGAUGUGAUUUUGUAACAAGUUUAAGUAUACGGGCUUCACAUUAUGGAACUUAAAAAAAUUACCUACUUUUUAUUACAAAAAAAAAAAACUUACAAGAGCUAACUUUAAUUAUUAGUUAUAGAAAUAAGACGACUUUGCUUAUUUAUGGACAAUCAGCUUGUCCAUCUUCAUUAAUGAACCCUUUUUUGAUUGAUAUGCUUAAGUAGUCGAGCAUGGCGGAGGGCUUUCCGUGCGUGUACUGUGAAUCUGCGUAUUCAUGGUUCACGGCCCUUUAUUGCAGAAAUGUCAUUCGAACAUUUAGACAUGGGUGUAUUAUAACACUAAAAUUGUCGGUCAAGUCAAACAAGAGUAGCUCAUUGGAUGGUUGUGGAUGCUGUUCAUUUGCUGCCUUCUUUGUCAAUGCUAAUCAGUUCAAAACCAGGGACGGCUAUGCUUAAAUAACCAUUGUGUAAUUUUCUGCGAAGAUUCUAGAAAAACAAAAACAAGAAUAUCCUCAAACCAUUGAUCCCUUUCUCUUCUUCUUAGCUUCCAUUGAAGUAAUCGCCAUUAAAACCUUGCUGUUUCACUUUCCACCACAUUCUCUGUUGUAAUGUUACUACUCUAAAAUAAUCGUUUUCAUGACCGUAUUUUCUAACAGAUUAUCUACUUACCUCGAUAUAUGCCAAAUUUAUCACUUCUUCUAAGGUACUGCAGAAACAACUUGUUAUGAUCUUCCUUUGUAGCCACAUACUUCGAAGUCUUCCUGUCUCUAACAGUCCAUAAUCUUCACCGUUAAUGGUUUGCACUCAUGCUUUGAAACAGGCCAGAUUGCUAGUUUCAAUCUUUUCAUUUUUGCCACUUUAUGUUUGCCACUUUUUCGUAGGAAGAGAGAAUGUGGAAUGCAUUUAAAUUCAUGAGAUACCUGCGCCUAAUCUCUUAACGUUAUCACAUUCUGUUGUGACCCUAGAUCUAACAAUUAAUUGUCCAGUGUUUCGUUGCAAAUCAUAAUUUUCUUAGGGUCAUUUUGCUUCCUAACUAGGCGCUUAUCUAGUACAUCAACUGAUAAUAUUUAGAUAUUUAGAAAGAAAUGGAAUUUCUUUUUUUCUCGCACAUAUAUACUAGAAGUAGUCUACCGAUUAACGUGCUGGGCUGUACAGAAAUGAUACAAAGUUCGAACCUUGAUAUCAUUAAGUACUUUUUGUCCUUUCAGCUUUUGGGCGUUAAAGCUGUGACUGUCUAACCCGUUAUUCAAUUAAGAAUAUUAAGAGUAGCUGCAUAGGUGGUGGGUGCUGUCUAUUAAUGUUUCUUCAUCUGGUCACCAUAUCUAGAUUAAAGAUGGCUAUGUAUAGAUCUCGGGGGUGUUUUAGCUGUCCGUUUGCCCAUGUGUCCACAUAAGGUUCCAUUCAAGUUGGAUAAACCAAAUACGCAUAUAUUGGUUACGAGUAAAUUGCAGCCGAUUUGUAAUCAUGUUAAUAGCUCAAUAUCUGUUUACUGCUAAAGAAUAAUAUGAUUCAAGAUAGGUGGGGUGCAACAUUUAUCAAAAGGUUUUGACCAAUUUACUGUAAUCAAUUUAACGCAUUUACCAAUGGAUAAACAUGUGACUUAAAACUUAAUAAUAAUUAAGCAGAAAAUAUAAUUUUCUUUUAAUUUUUUGUUGUAAAAUUACUAUUUAAAGUGCAUUUACUGACUGUCAAUAGUUUGAAACCAUUCAUAUUUGUAUUUGUAAAUUGACUUUGUUUAGAACUUAUAAUGGAAAAUUAACUCUCGAACUGAUACAGAAAAGCAUAACAUGUGUAUUUAUAUGGUGUGAUAUUUUUGAUGUUCUGUACUUGUAGCGGCGGGAAGGUUACUUAAUUUCUAUUCUAGUCAGUAAGUUAACCUUUGUUCUAUAAAAUUUGAUUACAGCAUUGUGGGAUGAUACUUUAUAGUGACCUGAUACUGUGAUGUUCAUAUAGCUGCUGUGGUAUGUAUUAAGUCAAUAGUAGAGGAUAUAUAUCGGCUUGUUUACUUCAUAUAUAUCGAUGGCACUGGAGUUAAAAAUAUUUUUUGAUUAACCUAUAAGAACGAUGUGUUACUCAUUGUUGUAAAUUGUGCGACAUUGAAAAUUAUAUAGUAUAUUUCUUAUUUCGUGAAAUGGGGAAAAAUAUUCACCCCGUAUAUAUGCAAAUUGCACUUACUUCAGUCUUAAUAAAAAACUCCAUUGAUCUUUGGUAUGCUAGUUAAACAUGUCCACACGAACUUGUUUCAACGUAACUAGGAUUAAUUCAGAAGAUGGAUGAGUUUUUCAGUUCUAGUGGAAGUUAAGUGUCAUGCUGGCUAAGUGAGAACAGUAACAAAGUGGCUCCACACUAUCCAGAAGAUCGAAGAUGGUGUAACUCCACCAGUCUCCUGGUUUGUAGUUUUAAGAAAUUCAUGCUUUCCUGUUAGCAGAGAGUAGUCUCAACCUUUUCAUUAACGUACACGGAAAUAGCUGAAAGACACUAACACCAGACGCUAAGAUUCAACAUUCCUUGAAUUUAAGAUGUACUUUUUUGUACUGAAUAUGAUAUGAAAGAGAAAUAUGCUAAAGAUGAAUGAGAAUUAACCAAGGGCACAGGAAACGUGGCUAGGGAUCUUAAACAUCUCAUCUAGUGUGUGAAGUAUGUUGUGUAAGAAUAAGAACGAUUCAAGUAAGAACUUUUCAGACUAUAAAGUUUCCAGUUAGUUUUGGAAUAUGGAUGGUGAUGUGAAGCUACUUCGAUCUGCUUGGUCACCAUCUUACUAUUUGUAUGGGUGACAUAUAUAUUUAAAAAAUAUAUGUACAUUUUGUGAAACUCGGCUCAAUGAUAUAGGGUUUGGUGCCACUACAGGUUAGUUUGCGCAUCUACGGUCGAGCUUGGAUUUGUUGAUUAAUUAUCGACACGAGAAGAUUCAAUUACUACAGCAAUUAAGUCUCAACUGAAAACAGUAACCGUUAAUCGUAAUACAUUAAUAUUAGACAAAAGUAAUUCGGUUUUACUUUAUUUUUGUCUACAUAUGCUGUUUCAAAACAGAACUAUGUUAAUAUACCAAGUAGCAUAUCUUUAAGGGAACCUAUUUUGUGAGAUAUAUGCCAAUAACAGAAAGGAGAGAAUGUUUUUGUUCUAAACUUCCAAAGCACGUUUGUUUUAAUUUGAAGUUUGAAGUAUAUUUGCAUAUAAACAUUGAAGUACACAAAACUGAAUGUCGUAUGUAUACACGAAUUCGAUUUUUAUCUAUCGAUAAAGGUUUUUUGAAUCUAAUAUAAGUCUUAUUUGUUAGUAUGUAUAUUGACUUGAUAGAUACAUUUGUAAAGAAAUAUAUAUACAUUUGUUUUUUUUAAAGGAAAAAAUUUAACAUAAGCUCAAUAAUUACAUAGAUCUAGAAAUUCACAUAUUCAUCUACGUUUUAGAUUCUAUCUGAUAUUUGUUGAUUAUAGUGGUUGUUGAGGUAAAAACAUACUUUUGCAUUUAUUCAUCAUUUGCAUUCACACUGCUUGUAUUCAGUUUCAGUAUUGUUUAACUACGUUUAAACAUGCUCUAUGUGUAUUUAAAAGUGGUGAAUAAAACGCCUGGAAAUCUA